ACUAUGAAGUUGGUGGUUUCCUAUGAAAUUAUGAUAUCCGUUUAUCGGCUAUUUUAUAAAUUAGAUGAACGAGACAAAACGAUAUUGAUGACGGUUUGAUAGGAAAUUUCAAAUAUGUAUAGACAUUUUGAUGUUUUGUUUAGUAUCUGUAUUUCAUGCGUCUUUCGUAUUUGACAAAGACAGUGGAGGAGAGUAUAACGUUUAAAAUGAACAUUACCUUUUAACCGGGCCUCUCGGAAGGGUCACGUUUUUCUCCCAAACCUGCUGCAACUUUAUCAACUUGGACAGUCAACAAACAAACUUACUCGAAAGUCAUGCGAUAAUACAGCAGCUGUUUGUUGGAGCGACUUGCGCCAUUAUACAAAGCUUAAUGUCAAUACUCUGAAGCACAAUUACACUGUGAACAUGAACUCUGAUGGACAGAUUGUGGCUGCAUCCAAACCUUUUCAUUUCAUAGGAAAGAAAGAGAACAUCAUUCAAGCCGGUCGAGUUGUGAAGUCUGUGGGCGACAGAGAUGUUCUCGUGCUUUACCACCAGGGGGACUUUUAUGCCAUCGAUGUUCGCUGCUACCACGCUGGAGGUCCACUACACAAAGGAGAUAUUGAGCAGGCCCAAAGAAGCGCCCUAGAGGACCAGUAUGGCUCUUUUGGAAAGGGGGCCCAAGGAGUUUGUGCAGUCUCUCCCCCAGUUAUCACACGGGUUCCAGUCGCUAAAACCUCUGAGCUUCCUCCUGUGGUUCCAGUUAAAACUCAUGUGGCAGCGGUUGACCCGGUUGAAGUUCCAGCUGAAAUUACUCCUGAAGAACCAAUUGUGAAAGAGGAGAUCCCAGCCACAGAUGACGUUAAAGAUGAUGUGUUGAAGGCUGCAGAGGAAUCUACAGAAGCUCCAGUGGACCCCGCUGUAGAGGAACAACCUGUGAUUGAAACAGCAGACAUUGUCACAGCUUCAGUAACAGAGGUCACAGCAUCUAUAGACGAACCGUUGCCCAUCCCAACAGAAUCUGAGAUCCAGGAUAAGGACACUGCCCCUGUUGCCACAGAGAUACGUGUUGUAGCUGAACCCGUCGAAGCACCUGAGCGUGAAGUUGAAGCUGUCACUGAAACUCCUGCAGAGGAAUCAUUGGUAAUACCUGCGGAGAAAGAAGCUGCAGCUGAAACCAUAUCUUCAGUUAAACCUCCGACAGAAACAUCGGCGGUUGACGUUGAGCCUGUAGUUGAAGCUUCAGUAGACAUCAACAAGCCUGUUGUCGAGGUUGUGGAAGAACCGGCUGUUGAAUUGGAAGUCACGAGUGUUGAAGCUGAGCCUGGGGAUAUCCACACGGUCACAGAAGUCACAGAGGGUGCACAUGCAACAUCUGAACCAGAAAAAGUUCCAGUGGAAGCUGCAGUGGAACCAGAGCCUGAGCAACAGGCAGCCCCACUGGAAGAACACACGCCUUUGGUUGAGUCCACACGCGGUCCUGUCGCUGAAGGUUUCAUUGUGACCGAGUCGUCUUUAGCGGUUGAAGCAGCUAUUCCAGAGACACAGAUUCCUGAAACAACAACAGAAGCCCCUGAGGUAUCAUCACAGAUGCUGACAGAAACACUUCCUGCUCCCGAGACUGUGCUUGUGCCAAAGGAGAUUAUCAAUGACUUCGUGGACAACAUGAAUGGAUGUCUGGCAGGUGCUGAAGUUGCAAUUGAAGGUUGAAGUGUCUAUGGCACGGAUAAGGAUAUUCUUGCUAUCAGAAGAUUGUUAUGACCUGAAGUACCGCUCCAACAUGAAACUUUGCAAAGUGCCUUUUUGUGGUGGUCAACAAAUUUAUGACGAUAUAUGGCUGUUCUUCAUUGAUGAAUUUUGAUAGAUUUUAUUCUUAUGCUUCUAACUCAUUUCCAUAUGCAUGUACAAUAGAUUUGCAGAUGCUAAGCAAACAUAGUUCAAAAUGGUGGAGUAUUGCACAUUUUUAUGUUUGUACUUGGGAAUGGAAUACUUUGUGUUUUAUUUGUUUUAUUUGAUCAAAUAAUUUGGAGUGGAGAGCUUUCUAAAGAGAGCACAGUUUUAUAUGAUAACCCCCACACCAUUUACAUGUGCCUUUUCCAAACUUUUAAUAAAGGGAGUUCAAGACUA